AACUACAUGGCUAAAGUCCCUUGGCACUAUCAAUCGUGGUACAUCGCCAAACCUCCGCAUUUAAGUGGACUCUAUGCAUAUACGAAAAUGGUGCUAAAUAUUCUUGAAGAAAAAGAAAUAGUUACCAUAGACGAGAUAUUUGAAAUAGUAAAUAAGGAAAUAAAUGGAAUGGAUGGUAAAGUCCAAGAGAUAUUACAUACCAGAAAAAACGUCUAUAGAAGACUGGGUGAUGUGCUAAAUAGUUUUGAUGCAAAUCGGAUGAUAUCAAGAGAUGGGAGAAUUGUUAAAUGGUUAGGCUAUCCAAACUAUGAAGAAGAGGAAGCGGAAGAGAAGCUUAAGGACGAGAAACAAAACCUUGAAAAAGGCAUUCAAGAAAAGACGAAAAAUCUGGAAAAACUUACUCAUCAGAGAAUGUGUUUCAAGAACCUACUUCGCCUGAAACGGGAUAGUGUGAAGGAACUAGAACAAGGCAUCAUCAAUCUGCCCUUCAUUGCCAUUAGAACAGAUAAGAAUACCAGCGUGGAAUGCAAUGUUUCUUCUGAUGAGCUUCAAUAUCUCUUUACGUUUGAUCGUCCAUUUGAUAUCCUUGACAACAUGGAGGUUCUACAGAAAAUGGAUUUAAGCAAUAUGAUGUCAGAAGACGUGUCAUACAACGAACCAUCUACAUCGAACGGAUAUGAUGGAUAUUAGAGCAAGAUCUAUACCAAUUCAAUCCGAUUUAACUUCGCGCUGAUUGGUCCGAGAUAACGAAAAUGUGACGUACAUAGUGAAGGAUUCAGCGCGGAAUCCAACGCUUCAAAGCUGAAGUCAAUGAAAAAUCAGAUGAAAAAUCAGGGAUCCCGYGCGAUUGAAUUUWKAUUUUGUCGUAUUUUCUUUUCAUUUAUUUCACAAAUAACAAUUUAAAGUAACAAGAAUAGAAGCUCUUUUCAUAGAGAAACCAAAAAUGAUAUACAGGCUUUGUUACAAUAUCGCUGUUCUAUAAAAACGACCAAUAUUUGUUAGCGGAUUGAAAAGCUGAAUUCAAUGAAAAGUCAGGAAGCCCGCGCUUAA